CUCCGCCGCCGCCCUGGAAAGGACACGGUCGAUCACAAGGCACGACCGACGCCGAUACGAUAAUUAAUCAUUCGGGACAUGCUCCGUCGUGAUCUUCUUCUUCCUCUUCCUCUUCCACCACACGACACUCCUUUACCGUUGACUGGUAGGGAGAUCAUGAUCCCCAGCUCAACGACUUAAUCUGUGCUACUUUCCGCUCACCUCUUCCCCCCUUAUCGGACAUAAUCCAACUCCCUGUCACUUAUUUUGAGCCCAGGAGCAGCUGCACUCUUUGUCCAUCGUCCUGCCCGCUGCGGGCGACCGUGUUCAUUGUAAAUUUACUGCACCAUGUCGACAGACUACAACUAUGACGACAAGGGACAAUUCUUCCCCUUCUUCGUCCUCACCCUGACGAGUCUCGUCACUCUUCCUCUGACGUACAAUCUGCUCCGGCCGAGCAAGGGACUGGAGAACACCGCACCGCGGAUAAAAUCAGACUUCAAGCCCGAACAUGGCGACCUCAUUGAUGCGCAGAAGCGCAAGCGCCUGCGCAAGGAACGUCGGAUCAAGCGCAUUGUCACCGUCGUGGUGGGCUACGCUGUCAUGGCUUGGAUGGCAUAUUUGAUCGUCGUCACAGCACGGACAGUACCCAAGAUCUGGGAUCCGUAUGAUAUUCUUGGUAUCUCACGGAGCGCCGACGAGAAAGCGAUCUCCAGGCACUACAAGCGCCUGUCACUCGUCUACCACCCCGACAAGAUCCGCCCCGAUCCCGCCAAGAAUGAGACCAUCGAGAUGCUCAACGAGCGCUUCGUCGAGCUCACCAAGGCCUACAAGGCAUUGACCGACGAGGAGGUUCGCAACAACUACAUUCAGUACGGCCACCCAGACGGCAAGCAGAGCAUGAGCAUCGGUAUUGCUCUCCCCACGUUCAUUGUCUCGGAAGGCUACUCCAAGUACACCCUGCUGGUCUACGGUGCUCUGCUUGGCGUUCUUCUCCCAUACAUUGUCGGCCGCUGGUGGUACGGCUCUCAGCGUUACACCAAGGAGCGCGUUCUCGUCGCAAGUGCUGGCAACAUCUUCCGGGAAUACAGAGACGACAUUACUGAUGGCGGAAUCAUUAGCGCGCUGUCCUCGGGCGAUGAGUUUAAGGAAAUGUUGCAAGGACCCCGGUCCGAUGCUGGAUUGGCGAAGCUUGAGAAGAAGGUCUUGGCGGAAGAUUCCUCGUAUCUGACUCCCGAGGACCGCGCGGUCAUCAAGGGACUCGAUGAUUCGAGCAGACGGAAGGCACUGGCGUUACUCUGGGCCUAUCUCGGUCGCGUUGAUCUGGAAGACGCCACGCUCAACGGAGAAAAGUACGAAGCCGCCCCCAUCGCCCUUUCAUUGAACGAAGCUUUCACGGCCAUCGCCCUCGCCUUUGGUAAUCUCCGACCAAUUCUCGGAUCCUUCCGCACCGCACAGCACCUCAUCCAAGCCGUCGCACCUGGCUCCUCUCCGCUUCUCCAAUUGCCACACUUCACGCCGGAACUCGUGCAGACCAUUGAAGGCGCCGACAGCAAGGAACACUUCACUGUGCAAAAGUUCAUGUCCAUCCCCGAAGCCGAGCGCUACAGCCUCACCGUGGGCGCCGGCCUCCUCAAUGAGAAGCAAUACACGACCGCCAUCAACGUUGCCAAGCAGCUCCCCGUUCUCGAUGUGUCCCGGGCCUUCUUCAAGGUGAUGGGCGAGAAGGUCAUCACGCCGAGCAGUCUGGUGCAACUCGUCGUCAAAGCGCGCUUCAUCCCCCCCGGUUCCGCCAACGUCCCCGCCCCUGCCCCCGCCGACCUCGAGGACAUCGAUCCGGACGAGGACGACCUCGACGCCAUCAUGGGCCGUAACGGCAAGAAGACCAAGGUCGUCAACGGCCAGAGGGUCGAAGAAGCUAAGUCCGAACCCGUGCAACCUCCGCUCGCGCACGCCCCCUACCUCGCCCGCGACCACUCCCCGCGCUGGCACAUCUUCCUGGCCGACGCCAAACAGGGCAAGAUGGCCGUGCCCCCCUUCACCUUCACCACCUUCGACAAGCCACUCUUCGACCCCGUCACCGGCCAGCCCACGUUCAACGUGCAGACCCUCAAGAUGCAGUUCCAGGCCCCACCCCAGGUGGGUGACUUCACGUUUGUGAUGCACAUGCUCUGCGACAGUUAUUUGGGCCUCGACACCAAGCUGGAAAUCACCCUGCACAUCGACGAUCCCGCCAAGGCCGCCGCGUUGGACGAGGAGGAUGAUAUCAGUGAGCCUGAUGAGGACUCGAUAGCCGGCCAAAUGCAAGCGCUAAAGACCGGCCAAGCCCCCAAGAAGAAGGCCAAGAAGCCCUCGGCGGAGUCCAGCGAGGACGAGGAGAGUGAUACCGACGGUGAUGCAGGCGAUACCAGUGACACGAACACGGAGACGGAUAUCGAUGAUGAUGAUUGAAGGGAAACUUUUUUUUUUCUGCAUUAAAGGGAACAUUACCGGAAAGAGGGCGGGGCAGGGGGUUAUGUUUUCCCACUCCUCCCGUCUCAGGGAAACUAGAGUUAAGCAUAUAAACCUAACCUAUACGUGGACAGGAAGAAAAGAGAAAAAGAAAGUUCCCUAUGAUACCUUUAGCUUUUCUUUUCUUUUCAUUUCCUUUCUUUUUUUUUUUUUUUUU